UUUUCCCCUAGAACUUGCUUUUUGCCCUUCAAAAGGAGCCGAGUUUUCUUCUUCCCUGCAUCGAGCGAGCGAGAGAGGAAAACAAUGGAGACGACUGGAGAAUGGCUGGAGAAGGCAUUGAUGGAAUUAUGUGAGAAAACUGAGACGGGUUUGGAUUUGGACAGAGAAAUCAUUUCUGGUUUAGUCUCUUACUGCGAGAUGGCUCAUCCCCUUGAUGCCAAAGAGUAUCUUGACAAUAUUAUUGGGCAGGAAGCAGGAAAAGUUGUAACUGAAGAGUACAUGCGGCUGAGAGGUCACUCAGAUCUCUGCUCCAACAAUGCAGCCAUUCCUACUUCAAAACUUCAAGCCUAUGUCAAACCACCUUCGGGUGAGAUUUCUAGCAGUGGAUCAAAGAAACCACUCAAAACUCCAAAAGAGGCGGUGGGCUCCAGUUAUCAAGCUGAACCGAAAAAGAAUGUCAUUUCUGGUAUUCAGGAAAAUAGAGUCCUGAAUGAUGGUGAUUCAAGAAACAUCCAUAAAGGGAAUCAAGGUAAUUCAAAAAAGAAGAAAGCUGGCAAAGUUGUUUCCCUUGCUGAAGCAGCCAAAGGGUCAAUUGUCUUCCAUCAGGGGAAACCGUGCUCGUGCCAAGCUCGCCAACACAGACUGGUCAGUAAUUGUCUUUCGUGUGGUAAGAUAGUCUGUGAGCAGGAAGGAGAGGGACCGUGCAAUUUCUGUGGUGCUCUAGUGCUUAGAGAAGGGAGUACAUAUGCUGGCCUUGAAGGAAGCUUCACUCCCGUAUCAGAUGCUGAAGUAGCAGCUGAAGCUUACGCAAAAAGGCUUGUUGAAUAUGAUAGAAAUGCUGCUGCACGUACAACAGUCAUCGAUGACCAAAGUGACUACUAUGAGAUUGAGGGAAACAGCUGGCUAUCAAAGGAGGAGAAGGAACUUCUGAAGAAGAAACAAGAAGAGAUCGAAGAAGCUGAAUGCUUGAAAAGAAGCAAAGUAGUUGUCACUUUCGAUUUACUGGGACGCAAGGUCCUAUUGAAUGAAGACGAAGCUUUGGAACUAGAAAGCAAGAACAGAAUACUUCUACGUCCACCGGAUGAAAGGGAGGCAAACAGGAUUAAACCGAAUCCAAACCUUAAACUGCAGCCGGUUUUUCUAAAUCCAGUCCCCAGUAAGAGGCCUUCCAAGAGUAAACAGCCUAGAAAGAGCCCUGUUAAUGGUCUGUGCUUGGAAAUUAGUGGGAGGGUACAACAUGACAGCAAUGAAUUGAAACAUUUUAUGAAGGAUAAACAGAUGGCUGCAGCUUGAAAUGGAAGUUUAGUUAACAAGGAUGCCUGAAUAAACUGUGGUCUGAAUGCAUCAGAGUAUGAAUCUGGCGAAUGUUUUCUUUUUAGCAUUAAGAUCAAUAUAUUGCUUACUGUAAUUUUGGGUUCAA